AUGGAGAUCACUCCUGAUCGGUCAAGACCGGCACCUACGCCCCUCAAAGGUUUCACUAGGGAUACGAUCCAGCCUAUCGGAGCAAUCACUCAGUCUGUAUUGGCUGGAACAACUCCCAAAACGACGUCUCUUAUGGUAGACUUCCUUGUGGUAAAAGCCCCCUCCUCGUACAAUGCAAUUCUCGGACGCUCAUCAUUGAAUCAGAUGAAGGCUGUAACCUCCACAUAUCAUCUGAAGGUGAAGUCUCCAACCCCAUCAGGAGUAGGCGAAAUACGAAGUGAACAAAAAACUGCAAAUGACUGCUACACCCAAGAAAUGAAGUCUAGAGCAAUAGAUGUACAAACUCUCGAAGAAGACCAUGGGAGAACAGUCUUACCCCUGCCUCAGGUAUUAACAGAACUAGAUAGAGAAGUAAGAGACAAAAAGGCUCUGCAGUAG